UUGAGAACCUUAAAGAGAUUUUAAAAUUAUUAGAAGACAAACUAGCCAAAGGUCAAUCUGAUGAUUUUGGAGAACCCUUAGUUUUGGAGAAAGGAAUUUGCUCCUUAGUGGAUAAUUAUCAGUCAGAGGAGGAGGAAGAGGAUUUUUAA